AAUUAUCCAGCAGCUGGUCAAUGGAAUUAUUGCACCUACAACAAUACCAAACCUAGGACUAGGUCCUUGGGGGGUCUUGCAUUCAAACCCGAUGGACUAUGCGUGGGGUGCCAACGGCUUGGAUGCCAUUAUUACACAGUUACUAAAUCAGUUUGAAAACACUGGACCGCCACCAGCGGACAAAGAGAAGAUCCAGGCCCUCCCCACCAUACAGAUUGCACAGGAACACGUAGAUUCUGGGUUAGAGUGUCCCGUGUGUAAAGAGGACUACACAGUCGGGGAGAGCGUCCGACAGUUACCAUGCAAUCACCUAUUCCACAACAGCUGCAUAGUCCCGUGGCUGGAGCAGCACGACACGUGUCCUGUGUGCCGGAAAAGCCUAAGUGGACAAAACACUGCCACAAACCCCCCAGGACUCACAGGGAUGAACUUCUCCUCCUCUUCCUCCUCCUCUUCCUCCAGCUCACCAAGUAACGAAAACUCAUCAAACAACUCAUGAACCUUCCUCCAAACUCCCUGUCCCUGGGGCCCUUUGUCCUUCCCCCCUCCCCAGCCAUCGACCAGGGCUUCCAGAGCAGAGCGAGGGGCGGGUGGACGGGGGGAGGCAAUGCCCCAGGUUCCCUUUUCAGUUCCGAAGACACGGAGACUCUGGCUCCUUCAGAGACGAGAAGCCUCAAGUCCUGUGAUGGGGGGAAAGAGCUCUGUCAGUUAAUAAACCAUCCCUUUGGUGCGUGGACUU